GAGUCAGUGAGACGCUUUGACCGCCGGAAUCGGUUGUGUGUGUGCGCGCGCACGUGUGUUUGAGUGUAUUUAUAUUUAUAUGAGGGAGUGUGUGCACGCGCGUCCGCUCGACUCAUUCCAUUCCUUCACCCGCUCGGAUAUACACUGUGUUCCUCUGCACCCGUUAGUCUGUUGCACCGAUCAGUGACAUGGACGUGACCGAGACUCGCUGUGAUCUGACUUACUGCAAGAUGAGGGGGAUCGUGUCCGUGCUCACCGCCUUUAUCAAAGAAAGGAAGAUGGGCUUAAAUGACUUUAUCCAGAAGCUGGUCUCCAACCCUCACAUCUGCCAACACUCUCAAGUCGACCAUUUCCUCAAGAUUGACGAGAACCAGAACGAGGAAACUGGAAGAGACGGGGGAAUCGACUCACCCCAGGUAUGCCUGACCUCCCCCAGGAGCUCGCUAUGUGAGGAUAUUCAGAUAAAACCCUGCGACUUUGACUACCUGAAGAUCAUCGGGAAGGGGAGUUUUGGAAAAGUUCUGCUGGCUAAACACAAAGAAACCGAGCAGUACUACGCUGUGAAGGUGCUCCAGAAGAAGAUCAUCCUGAAGAAGAAAGAGCAAAAGCAUAUAAUGGCUGAGCGAAGUGUUCUGCUGAAGAACAUUAAACACCCGUUCCUGGUGGGGCUUCACUACUCCUUCCAGACCACUGACAAGCUCUACUUCGUGCUGGACUACGUCAAUGGCGGCGAGUUGUUCUACCACCUCCAGCGAGAGAGGAUCUUCCUAGAACCCAGAGCUCGGUUCUACGCCGCUGAGAUCGCCAGUGCUCUUGGUUACCUCCAUUCCCUGCAUGUCGUUUACAGAGAUCUCAAGCCAGAGAACAUCCUGCUGGACUCUCAGGGCCACAUUGUCCUCACUGACUUUGGCUUGUGUAAGGAGGGACUGGAAGACAAUGGCACCACCACUACGUUCUGUGGAACUCCAGAGUAUCUGGCGCCGGAGGUACUUCAGAAGCAGGCGUAUGACCGCACGGUGGAUUGGUGGUGCCUCGGGUGCGUCCUUUAUGAGAUGCUCUAUGGACUGCCUCCUUUCUAUAGUCGCAACACAGCCGAGAUGUACAACAACAUCUUGCACAAGUCUCUGGUGCUGAAGCCGAACGUGUCCAAUGCCGGACGGGAGCUGCUCGAAGGACUUCUGCAGAAGGACCGGACCAAGAGGCUGGGAGUAAAGGAGGACUUUCUGGAACUCAAGAAACACAGCUUCUUCUCACCCAUCAACUGGGACGACCUAAUGGCCAGAAAGAUCACUCCUCCUUUUAUUCCCUCUGUGACGGGUCCCACUGACCUACGGCACUUUGACCCCGAGUUCACCCACUUGCCCGUCUCCACGUCCGUGUGCAAUUCCGACAACCUGCACUUGACAAGCAGCAUCCGGGAGGCAGCCGGGGCGUUCCCAGGCUUCUCGUACGGCCCUCCGGCUGACUUUGCCUUCGAGUAGUCUCCUCCAGCGCCCCAGGAUCCCCACAUUCCAGACCAAAAGCCUGCAACACAGGAGGAAUCUUAAUGCAGUUCACUAAGGAAGUUGUGGAUCUCGAGAGCCGGGUCGUCGCAAAAAAUGGACUACACCCAUUGAGCUAGAGCGGACGAAGAAAUGAGCGUGCCAAGUGUCUGGACGAGGAUAUUCCUUAUCGGCGGAGAUUAAGAAGUGCCUGGACGUUUUUUUUAAAUGACUGUAAUGGCCAGGCUUUGGAUAAAGUUCAUGGCACAGAAUAAGAUGCCUUUGAGAUUUGCGUACGAUCAAACUUUACAGGCGGAAAAGUUGAAUAAAUGGUACUUUUAAUGCAUUAUUGCACAUAAAGAAGACGUACAACGUCGGAAACGUACAACACAUCUGAUAGCUAGAGAUUUUUCAUUGCAAAACUGCAAGACUUUUGUAUUCGGACUAAUUCAUCACAUGCAUUACUCGUUACACAUACAAAGAGAAAUUUCCAAAUUCUGAAGCAGUCGAUAUACUUGAGAGUUUACUUAAUGUUGUUUUCCACCAAAGUAUCAUUUCAUCCAUGUCCAAACAUCUUUUAGCUGCUGUUCGGUAGAUAUCUUGAAUGUUGUGUCUUAUAAGAACCUUCUUCAUGUUAGUCUGCAAAGCCAGCACUUUUAUACUGUGAUGUGUGCUCAUGUAAAUUGCUUGUUAAUAUAAAUAUUAUUAAACCAGAAAAUUGAUUUUAUUUUACUACCUGUAAUAACAUAAAAUAAAUACUGUAUAAUCAUUGCACUCAGACAGAUGACAGAAUGUGUCAUAUACACACUGCUGUAUGUCAAGAACUGAAAGAUCCUCAAAUCUUUCGAAGCACAAACAUUGUCUGUUUAAAUAUUUUACACACACUGUGAUCUGUGUGUGUGUGUGUGUGUGUGUGCUAUGUUUUGUUGUUGUUUUUUUCAUCCCAUCACUCUCUUAAAAGUUCUAGAUUCAUUCUCGGAGAAAAGUGAUGUACGUUUCGACAGGCCUUCAGUAGUCUGAUUGACGAAAAGGUGCAUUUGUUUGUACUGUUGGACCAAUCUUAACCUUCUGUAGAAACCUAACACAAGUUUACUUUCUUCCAUAUUUGGAAGUUUAUCAUUUAGAUUUAUACAUUUUUCAUGUAUAUUAAUUUUACAUGGCGUUCUGUACCAUAUUGAUGAUUUUACGUUUUUAGAAUGAUUAAAUAUUUAACUGUGAUGUUUAUUAAAUGUUAAAUAAAUCAAAUAAAGAAAAGUUUUAUCUGAAA